CCCCGGGCAGAUGGUCGCGUCGCAGAAGCGAACCAUCGAGGCGUUGCGCCGGCAGCUCCGCGACGCCCGGCCGCCGCCAGAGCAGCGAAGCUCCAAUGGCGGCACAGCAGCAGCCCCCGCCCCCGCCUCCGCCUCCUCCGCCUCCGCCGCCUCCGCCGCCGCCACUGCCGCCGCCGCCGCCGCCGCCGCCGCCUCAGCCUCCGCCGCCGCCGAGUCCGCCAGAGGAAGCGAGGGCGGCGGCGCAGCGUCGCCGGCCAAGGCGCGGCAGGCGGGGCGGGCGGGCGGCGCGAAGCAGCAACAGCAGCAGCAGCAGCCUCCUGUGGCGGCGGCGUCGGCCAGCACGGAGGCGAGGCGCGAGGCGUGGCACGCGGAGCCGCUCCUCGAGCCGCUCAGCCCUCGCGGCGGCAGCGGCGGCGCCUCAUCCUCGCCGCAGACGCCUCUCGCCCGCGGCAGGUCGAUGGGGGACGCGCUGCUGCCUCGCGCGAGGCAGGGCGGGCCUGGCAACGCGACGUACGAGCAGCUCGAGAUGGCGCUCCUCCACCUUCAGUCCGACCACGCCUCCAUCUCGAUGCAGCUCGGCCGCGCGCACAGAGACCGCGACGCCGCGCGUCGAGAGACGGCCGAGGUGCGCGCCGAGCUGCGGCAAGAGCUCGAGGCGGCGCGGGCGGCGGCGGCCGCCGAGGCGGCCGAGAUGCGAGCUCUGCUCGACGCUUCGCGGGACAGCGCCCCCUCCGCCACCGCCCUCGCCCCCGCCUCCGCCGCCGCGCCCGCCGCCACCGCCGCCUUCCCCGCCGCCGCGGCGGGGGCGCUCCGCAUCGACAUUGGAGACGCGCCCGCGCUCGGCGCGCCUCAGCGGCGGCGGCGCAGCUGGCUGCGGCCGCUGUGGUGGGCGUUCCGGAUCUUCACUUCCCACGGCCGCGGGUGGGGGUUGGCAGGCGGCAAGCUGCGGCUGGUGCCGGGGUCGCCGCGGCACGGCUCGUCGGCGCGGCACGAACUAAAGGUUGUGUGAUCAGACUUCAGAGUCGCGCGUGUUCACGACACAGCCAAUUCUCGGUCAGCCGU